AUGAAUCGAUCUUUACCCAACUUACAACCGUGUUCUACCAACUCGACCGAGACGUCAACCGAGUCGAUUGAAGAAAAUAAAACGCUGGUCGCCCAAAGAUCAUUUCCGAACUUGAGAUUAAAGAAUAAAAGAUCAAUUGGAGAUGAUAUAUCAAAAUAUGCAAAUGAAAAAAGAAACCAUGACUUUCACGUAUUAUUUAGAAGUAUACCAGGAGAGGAAAGAUUGAUUGAAGAUUAUGGUUGUGCGCUUCAAAAGGAGAUCCUACUUCAAGGUCGGAUGUAUAUAUCACAAAAUCAUAUUUGUUUUAAUGCAAAUAUAUUUGGUUGGAUAACCAAUUUGGUCAUUGCCUUUACUGAAAUUGAAUAUAUCGAAAAGAGGUCAACAGCUAUCUUUAUACCCAAUGCUAUACUGAUAUCAACUGCAGAUGCAAAGUAUUUUUUUGGUUCCUUUUUAUCUCGUGAUCAUGCCUAUGACCAAAUGAUGGAACUGUGGAAACAAUCGCGUCAAUCAACCACAGAAGAUGAAGAUGACACAGCUUAUACUAGCUCAUCUUCUUUUGAUCAAGAUAGAUCCCUUUUAAAUCAAUCCACUAUGGAUGAGAGACAGAUAUCAUUAGCCUCCUUACCUGCUCAAUCUAACGUUAAAGUCACUGAAUCGAUCAGACGUAGAGCCAUGUCGGAGGCACAAGUAGCCGCAAGGCCUAACCUACAAAACUUUGGUAUGCAACAGAUAAAAGAAAAGACGACGUGUGAUUGCAGUAAAAACGAGCAACACUUUCCAACCGUUGUCAUGGAUAACGUAUACGACAACACAACCAUUGAGACAUUAUAUCACUUAUUGUACAGUAGUACCUUUAUGCAUCAAUUCUUAACGCAAGUAGAAAAAAGCACGGAGGUCUGUAUUGGUCAGUGGACCAAAGUAGAAGAGUGUGAAGGCAUUGAAUAUACAAGAAAAUCAUCCUAUAUCAAGUAUCUGGGCGGAACCAUUGGACCCAAGUCAACGAAAUGCUAUUUGAAAGAAGACAUGAUACAUCUUGACACGACCAACUAUAUUUCGCAGUUAACAGUCACCCAAACUCCUGAUGUGCCUUCUGGAAGCUCAUUUCACGUCAAGACUCGUACGUGUAUUUCAUAUGCCGGUCAUUGUCAAGUACGAGUGCUGGUUACUGUGCUUGUUGAAUUCACAAAAUCAUCGUGGCUAAAAUCUACUAUCGAAAAGGCUUCUAUAGAUGGUCAACAAAACUUUUACAAAAGCUUAGAUGUGGCUAUACGCAAAUACUUGGAUCAACAUCAAGAUAAUCAUCAUAAAAGAAAAAGAAAUCAUCGACACAAAUCAUCUCACAAGCCAUCGAAUACAAUUAUGCCAAGUCAUCAAAAGCAGACAUCAAUACAGAUACCAAAUUGGAUCUUUAAUAUAAAACCAGCUCAAAUUGUGAUAUUUUGCAUGACCAUGAUGAUAUUCACAAACAUUUAUAUCGCAACAAAGAUAUCCAAGGUUGAUAAAAGACUUGGACAUCUCUACAGCCAAGACAGUGACAGUUGGACUCAUCCAAUCCCAGGAGGUGAAGAGAAUGAUUGGUUAUUAUUAUCCAAGCAUAAGCUAGAUCAGCAAAUGGUUGAACUUGAUAAAAUGAUCAAGAGAGCAAGCAAAGAUAUCCAUCAAAUAACCAAAACUGCUCGAUAUCAACGAGACAGAUUAUUCCCCCAAUAA